UGUUAUUCUCUCACACUUUGUCUCUUCACACUGAACUCAUCUGCAUCCAUAAGUUUCACCCUCCAUUUUAACACUGCAUGCAUCUUCUUUACCUCAUACAUUUUGCUACUACAGCCCUAUGAUCAUUUCCCAGAAGAGAACCUGCGACCUGAAACCAUAACCGCAUCCCCCUCAUGCCACCAGAGGCACAGCUAUCUCCUUCAUAAGAUUAACCCAAGGAAGAGGAGGAUAAGAUCUCGAGCAGAUAAAGAAGAGCUAGAGCAAGUUCAGAUCUGAAGUUUGACUAAGAGAUGGAUAUUUUUCCUUCACAGCCUGAUCUAUCUCUUCGAAUAAGCCCCCCAAACACCAAGCCGAUAUCAGAUUGGAGAAAGCAAGACGGAGAUAUGGAAUUAGGGUUUAUGACCUCUGAGAGCAACAUGAACACACCCUUGACCUUUGAGAGCCCUUCAGAAGGCCGCAGUGCCACAGACUCCACCAUCACAGGCCAAAACACUCUCCUACUUCAUCCACAACCCCGCCACCACCACCACCAUGACCCCCUGCAUGAAGUGCACCACCGAGACCCUAGCUUGCUGAAGCCCAUAAGGGGGGUUCCUGUCUACCAGCACCCACCUUCCUUUCCUCUACUGCCACCAGACCAUCAUCACCAUCACCAUCACCAUCACCAUCAGCAGCAGCAGCAGCAUCUGUAUGAGUCUUCUUCUUCCACUGAUUUCGAUCGCUCUGCACCGACACAAAGCUUGUCGAGAUCGAGCAACUCACCAUCAAGGAUCCCCAUAAAAAGAAGAAUGCGAGCUCCAAGGAUGCGGUGGACGACCACCCUUCACGCCUGCUUUGUGCAUGCUGUGGAGCUCUUGGGAGGGCAUGAAAGGGCUACACCAAAGUCCGUUCUGGAGUUGAUGGAUGUAAAAGAUCUGACACUGGCUCACGUGAAAUCUCACUUACAGAUGUAUAGGACAGUGAAGAACACUCAGAGACCAACAGUUGCUUCAGGUCGAUCCGAUGGUUUUCAGAACGAGUGGUCGGGAGAAAUUUCUGAUGAAAGAUUGCUCAAAAUUCAUGAUCUCCAUACUUCAGAGUUGUCAACUCAUCAUGAAAUCAAUCAAAUUGGUUUAUGGAACAGUUCUUCCAGCAGGGAAGGCUACUCUAAUGGCUUAGCAAAUGAAGCUACAAGAGGAAGUACUAAGUCCCUUAAGGACAUGCAAUCUAAGAGCUUGGAAAUGCAUUGUGGUUUGAACUCAUCAUGGUUUUCAGAGACAGCAAGCCCAGGCAGACCCAAUCUUGAGUUCAUGUUGGGCAGGCCACACUAA